UUCCAGCAGCCGUCUGGAAGGGGCGGGUGCUGCGAGGCUUCCGGUUCUGGGCUGACACACAAUGAGGAGCAGGGAAGACGCCAAACACCGCUGUAAAUAAAUACAACGACCACUGGAGCUGAAGAACCAUGGAGAAUCAGUGCACAGUGCAGGUGAAGCUGGAGCUGGGACACAGGGCUCAGCUGAGGAAGAAGGUGACAUCAGAAGGCUUCACCCACGACUGGAUGGUGUUUGUCCGAGGCCCGGAGGCCGGCGACAUCCAGCACUUUGUGGACAAGGUGGUGUUCCGCCUCCAUGAGAGCUUCCCCAAACCCAAGAGAGGUACGAGGCCGGGGGUAUGCAAAGAGCCCCCGUACAAAGUGGAGGAGUCGGGCUACGCAGGCUUCCUCAUGCCCAUCGAGGUCUACUUCAAGAACAAGGAGGAGCCGAAGAAGGUGUGCUUUAACUACGACCUGUUCCUGAACCUGGAGGGGAAUCCCCCCGUGAACCAUCUGCGCUGUGAGAAGCUCACCUUCAACAACCCCACCAAAGAGUUCAGGAGGAAGCUGGUGCGGGCAGGGGGGGUCAUGGUGGUCCCGGAGGGGGCGGAGGCCGUGUCGAGGCCUAGCCCCGACUACCCCAUGCUGCCCACCAUUCCCCUGUCCGCCUUCUCGGACCCCAAGAAGACCAAGACCUCCCAUGUGUCCAAGGAGCCCAGCAAAGAGGGCGGCGGCAGCAAGGGCCCCAAACCGCACAAGCUGACCAAGGAGCACCGAGAGCGCCCCCGCAAGGACUCGGAGAGCAAGGCCACGUCCAAGGGCGACAGCGACCGCGACGGGGCAGCCAAGAGCGGCCGCGACCCCUCGUCUUCCUCCUCUUCGUCAUCCUCUUCCAAGAAGCCCGCUGACGUCAAGGUGAAGGACGAGGGCGGCAAGGUGGCGCCCAAGGCUGCCUUCAAGGAGCCCAAGCUCACCCUCAAGGAGGCCAAGAUGGAGGGCAUGUCUCCUAAGGGCGGGGGGGGCGGCGCCGGGGGCGGGGGGGCCGGCGCCACGGACCCCAAGGCCCCCGGGAAGCGGGCCUCGGCCGUGGAGUCCCCCAAGCCCAGCGCCAAGAAGCAGAAGAAGGGCAGCUCGGAGGGGCCCAAGGGGGCCGGGCCCGGGGCCUUCACCGGCACCUCCCCGCGCAUCUCCUCGUCGGCGGCCGCGGCCGGGCAGCCCUACCCUGAGAAGAGGCCCCCCAAGGAGAAGGGGCGCUGGGCCAAGACCAAGAGCGACCCCCAGGAGCUGAAGGAGCCCAAGAAGCCCCCCGAGUCGGACGACUCCAACUCGGAGGACGAGGCCUCGUCCAAGUCAGAGCAGUCGGCCCCGUCCAGCCCGUCCAACUCCAGCUCCAGCUCCGAGUCCAGCUCCGACUCGGACUUUGAGCCGGGCCAGAAGCCGGGCCAAGGGCCCCUGCGCUCCAUGGUGGAGCAGAUCCAGUCGGAGGAGUCGGACGACGACGACAGCAGCUCAGAGGAGGAGACCCCUGUGAAGAACAACCCCAGCAACCGGGACUCUCGACUGAGCCUGGACAGCGAGAGUGAAAGCAGUGACGGCUCGCACCGGCCCGGCCACGACCCGGCCCUGCCCCCGCAGAAACACGGCUCCUCCCACAACAAGGCGUCUGGUAGGAAGAGCCCGGAGCCCUUCCGCUCAGAGAAGGUGUUGAAGAAGGGAUUCGACAAGGUAGGAAGGGCCUACACAGAGGAGCUGGUGGACCUCCACCGCCGACUGAUGGCCCUGAGGGAACGCAACGUCCUGCAGCAGAUCGUGAACCUGAUCGAGGAGACGGGACACUUCAAUGUGACCAACACCACCUUUGACUUUGACCUCUUCUCUCUGGACGAGUCGACGGUCCGCAAACUACAGAGCUACCUGGAGGCCACGGCCACGUGACAGGAGGCGGCGGGCGUGCGGCGGCCUGGGGGCCGUCUCCACCUAAAGGAGGGGGGGGGGGGAGCCCCCGCUGCCGUAGGACAGACCUGAACUGACAGGGGGACACGGUGUCACAUGACCGCACCCCCGCCGCCUGCCAUGGGUGGGGCUGGGGGUGGGGGUGGGGGGGUGUGGCCCCCCCGAUAACCAGCAGGGGGCGGAGCACUUUGUUGGUGUUCGUUGACAUGACGACCGGACCUCUCACUACACCACCUCUGAGCGGCGUCUGCCCCCCUCCCCCCCCCCCCCCCCUCACCGCCACAUUCUCUUUUUACGUUGGUGUGUGUGUGUGUCAUCUUUUGUGUAAACACAUGUUGUAGAAUGUCUUUGACCAUGCUGAGCCUCGACCCCCCCCCUCCCCCCCCCCCCCCCCCCCCCCCCCAGGAGGCGGAUAGACCCGCCUCCUGGCACUCACUGCAUCGCUCCUCCUCAGACGUGGGGUCGGUCGGGACCUGGGGCAGCUCUGGACCAGCUCUGGACCAAGGGCAGCUCUGGACCAGCUCUGGACCAGGGGCAGCUCUGGACCAGCUCUGGACCAGGGGCAGCUCUGGACCAGCUCUGGACCAGGGGCAGCUCUGGACCAGGGGCAGCUCUGGACCAGGGGCAGCUCUGGACCAGGAGCAGCUCUGGACCAGGAGCAGCUCUGGACCAGGGGCAGCUUCCCGCUUUACGUCCUCCGGCUGCACACCGCCCUGUGCCUUCCUGCUACUUGCAGUGCAUGUGUGUGUUUGUGUGUUUGUUUGCACUGGUGUGUGCGCACUCUGUUGUGUGGCUGUCUUCUGAGGGCCAGAAUUACAAGUAUCCCCCCACCCUGCGACUUGGUGCAGUGUUAAACGGAGCCCCCCCCCCCCACUGUGUCUUUGUAGCCCAGGUAUUUUUCCCGCGGUUACUUUUGUCAAAAACUGGAACGCAAAGCUGCCUUGGAAAUCCCAGGAAUUUUAAACCCACCGUUAUCCUUUAUACACCUGCUGUGGUGUGGACCAGCCCCCCCUCCCAGACCGACAGACCCCCCUCCCAGACCGACAGCCCCCCCUCCCACUCUGAUAGACUCUCCCCUCCGCUUCCCAUACUGGUUUUUCGCGCCAUCGGGGAUAAGGGUUCCCAGUAUGGCGCUCCAUGUUGCGGGUGUCUCGUGGGGGGGGGGUCUCUGCAGGGAGGGGCUCAGAGUCAUGGCUGCAGAGAGAGACGGAAGGAAGCAUGUUUCACCCUCUGGUUUGGGCUGCACCCAUCUUCCUCUUUUUACCCUUCACUUGGGAUUCAACUCGAGACACCCACACCUCCGCCCACACACACACUCACUCACACACACUCAGUCUCACACACACUCAGUCUCACACACACUCAAACCAAACCCACUGUGGCCGGACUCCAGCAGUCCGCCGUAAUGAGGCUGACCUCCGCUGACCCCGCCUCCUCCCCUGUUCUCCUGCUGCCGUGGCGCCGCAUAGCUUUAAGACACACACACACACACACACACACACACACACACACACACACACACACACACACACACACACUCGGAAACGGGAUUGGCCUUUUCAAAGGGCUGAUGAAGACGAGCUGAACCGCCGCCUUACGUUUCCUUCAUCGCCCUCCGACCUCCCUCCUCUCCUUGAUCUAAUCUGGGCGUGCCUAUGUCAACACCACUUCCUGGACAGCGACAAACUGACCUUUAGGAUGGCGCCGUGGAAGGCCCGCGGGUGAUGGCAGGGCGUGCUGACGCCUCCGAACAAACCGGGAGCCAAGAGGACUCGCGAACUUUGACCUUCAAGCCCUCGUUUGUGAACUGUGACCUUUUGACCCAACGCUUAGUGUGUGAGUGAGUGUGUGUAUGUGUGCGUGCGUGCGUGGAGGGGGCUUUGUAAAUGUUGAGUUGCGGCCCCACUGUGCCCACAGUCGAUGUUUUAUUUAUGAACCUCUGCACUUUUGGCUGUGGUGACUUCAGUACUUAUCUAAGUAAUUAUCUAAACUGUAUUUUUAAGGAUUUUAUACAAUAUUUACAUGCAAUACAAUAUACACCGUUUUCCUUUUUUGCUGCGUUUUUUUUGUUAAUUUAAUUAGUAUUUUGGCAUGUGUCAACAUAUUACUCCUACAACUUGCCUUUUAAUUGGAUGGGGUUCAGGCCGCGGAUCGCGCCGACGCCCGGAUGUUAUUUUUUUACAUUGUCCUGAUGACCGCGCGGGGGGGUGGGGGCUGUCGGCGGCUCCCCAUCGCCGCGUCACAAUACACACAGAUAUAGUAUAUUUUCUGCGUUUGUCCAAGAUUGAUUAGGGUUUUAUCUUUUUUAUUCUUCUGCUCUAUAUUCGGCAGCAUUAUCAUCAUCUAGUCCAGGGACAGACGGUCACCGUCUAGCCUGGCGACGGGGUCACCGUCUAGCCCAAGGACGGACGGUCACCGUCUAGCCCGGCGACGGGGUCACUGUCUAGCCCAAGGACGGACGGUCACCGUCUAGCCCGGGGACAGACGGUCACCGUCUAGGCCGGGGACGGACGGUCACCGUCUAGCCCGGGGACAGACGGUCACCGUCUAGCCCGGGGACGGACGGUCACCUCUACCUGUAACUUAUUUUUUACGGUUUGUUUUUAAACUCUUUCAUCCCCUGGCCCUAAAGAAUCAUUACCACCCCGUAGGGAGCAGUCGAGGGCUGUCCAGGUGGCAUCAACCUGGCUGAGACUAUAUUUAUAUAUAUAUUCAUAUAUAUGUGUACAAUAAAGCAAAGGUGGAAUAUCUACUGUGUGGAUUUUAAGGAUAAGGAAAAAGCUAAAGAGUUGAUCAGUAAAUGGUUACUUGCAGAUGUGUUUUUCUUCCUUCUGAUACGAGGGCCAGGAUGCUGAGCGGGCACUUCCUGUGUCAGUGUCUUCUCGUGUCUGGAACGGUCUGCCUGUAAUGGUUUAACUCUGGGGGGUGGGGGGGGGGUUAUCACAGACAGGUUUUGGUCUGGAUGGGUAAGUUUAACAAACUGUUCCAAUGUGGUGGGUGAACAAACAGAACGAGGCUCCAUGAUGGCUGAGGAGCUUGGCAUUAAGAGGCCACCGUGUGGCGCUACGGUGCCAGUUGCUCACCAGUACAAAUGUUCAUUAUUUUAAUGUCGUUUGUUUGGUUUCUUUUUUUAUUUUCUAGGUCAUAUUAUGAAUAAAUUCAUUGAGUACUGUCA